UUCGCUAAACGGCGUCUGUAAAGAGAGAGAGGGGGCUGGAGGACCAGAUUUAAAAUAUGAGAUUAUGACCGGGUCUCGUUUAUAACCCAGACGACAGCGGUCCGUUUCGAUCGCUUUGGGUUUUUCAGUGGACUGGGUUGUAUGUGGAGUGACGGAGAACUGCGUUUUACCUUGAUAAGGUAGCGGGGGAAGGGAAAGUAGAAAGGGGGCUGUUGCUGGAUAUUUGGAGAAGGAAAACAACAUGGCCGCUGUGGAGCUGGAGUGGAUCCCCGAGACCCUGUACAACACUGCUAUAUCAGCCGUAGUGGAUAAUUACAGUCGGUCGCGACGGGACAUACGCUUACUUCCUGAAAAUAUUCAAUUUGAUGUCUACUACAAGCUUUACCAGCAAGGCCGGCUUUGCCAGCUGGGAGGGGAGUUCUGUGAGCUUGAGGUCUUUGCUAAAGUCCUCCGAGCUUCUGACAAAAGGCACCUCCUACACCACUGUUUCCAAGCACUAAUGGACCAUGGCGUGAAAGUGGCAUCAAUCCUGGCCAACUCCUUCAGCCGCCGAUGCUCUUACAUUGCCGAGUCAGACGCUCACGUUAAAGAGAAAGCCAUCCAGUUCGGCUUUGUUUUAGGUGGCUUUCUCUCAGAUGCUGGUUGGUAUGGGGAUGCAGAGAAGGUUUUUCUCUCAUGUCUCCAGUUGUGUAUGUUACAUGAUGAGAUUCUGCACUGGUAUCGUGCACUGGAGUGCUGUGUGAGGUUGCUUCACGUGCGUAAUGGCAACUGCAAAUAUCACCUGGGAGAAGAGACAUUCAAACUUGCCCAGUCGUACAUGGACAAGCUAGCCAAACACAGUCACCAUGCCAACAAGGCUGCCCUUUAUGGAGAACUGUGUGCUCUGCUCUUUGCCAAAAGCCACUAUGAUGAGGCAUACCGCUGGUGUAUAGAGGCCAUGAAGGAGAUCACUGUAGGCCUGCCUGUGAAAGUGGUGGUUGAUGUCCUGAGACAAGCCUCUAAGGCAUGUGUUGUUAAAAGGGAGUUCAGGAAAGCUGAGCAACUGAUAAAACAUGCAGUAUUUCUAGCACGGGAACAUUUUGGACACAAGCACCCAAAGUACUCUGAUACGCUGCUAGAUUAUGGAUUUUAUCUUCUAAAUGUGGAUAACAUUUGCCAGUCUGUCGCCAUAUAUCAGACUGCACUGGAUAUUCGGCAGUCUGUGUUUGGAGGCAAAAAUAUCCAUGUGGCCACGGCGCACGAGGACCUAGCAUACUCCUCUUAUGUGCACCAGUACAGCUCUGGAAAAUUUGACAAUGCACUAUUUCAUGCCGAACGGGCCAUAGACAUCAUAACUCACAUUCUCCCUGAGGAUCAUCUACUACUGGCCUCCUCCAAGAGGGUGAAAGCAUUGAUCCUGGAGGAAAUUGCCAUAGACUGCCAUAAUAAAGAAACAGAAGAGCGCCUUCUGCAGGAGGCUCAUGACCUGCACCUCUCCUCCCUCCAGCUGGCCAAAAAAGCCUUUGGAGAGUUUAAUGUCCAGACGGCGAAACAUUAUGGCAACCUGGGUCGUCUCUACCAGUCUAUGCGCAAAUUCAAGGAGGCUGAGGAGAUGCACAUCAAGGCCAUCCAGAUCAAAGAGCAAUUACUGGGACAGGAGGACUAUGAAGUGGCUCUGUCUGUGGGACACUUGGCUUCCCUUUACAACUACGACAUGAACCAGUACGAUGACGCUGAAAGGCUCUACCUUCGCUCCAUCGCCAUCGGUAAAAAGCUAUUUGGAGAGGGCUACAGUGGACUGGAGUAUGAUUACAGAGGCUUGAUCAAGCUUUAUAACUCUGUGGGGAAUUACGAGAAAGUGUUUGAGUACCACAACAUCCUCUCCAACUGGAACCGUUUGAGGGACAGGCAGUUCGCAGUGGCCGAUGCCCUAGAGGACGUCAACACCAGCCCACAGGCCACAGACGAAGUAGUGCAGUCCUUCCUGCUGUCAAACAGCCAUGUUGUUGGACGUUCCUGUAUGGGUUAAACUACAGGACCUUGUGGUCUUCAUUCCACACACCUACACUCACCUGUAUUCUCACACAUCCUCAUCUGGAUUUAUUCACACCUAAUCACACGCAGCAGCGAGACGGACUGGAUCGUAAAGCUGCAAGGUCAUCCAAGUAAGCAGGUCCCACAGUCCUGUUAUUCACAUGAGCCCUGUUGAAGAGACACGGCAUCUCUACAAAUGCAAACUUGUCCGGUGGAAAGCAGCUUUCCGAUGGCACCAAGUUCACAUUUCUGUUAAGGAUUUUUAGACUUCAGAGGACCUGAUUAUUUAUCUGAGGAAAAUAGGAAGAAAAACAGACAGCAGCCUAAUAGUUUUACAGAUGGAAAUAUAAAAUGCCUGCUUUUUUUUCUUCUUUAUUUGGGUGGGUGGAGAGGGAAGGGGAGGGGCUAACCGAAGUAUUGCUCUACACAUGCAUAUUGUGCACAUUCUCUGCCUGCACUCCCUAAGCUAGGACAGAGCGUACACUGAGGCAGGCUGGACAGACAGAGCCAUCACUUUCUCGGGACAAGUGAAGGACACCCGCGCAUCACAUAUUUAGUUCUUUGUGAAGUUUGCCACUUCUCCAUGCAAUGCAGAACCCUGCAUUAAUGAUCACCCAUGCUCUGUUUUGGCAAGUUCAAGGAAACCUGUGUUACAUUUUAAUUGUGUCUGGUUUCUUUUUCCCUUCAUGCCAUGAUGAUAGGAAUGGACGUUAUGGACCAGUAAAUUCAUUUUUGCUGUUCAUGCAGCGUUUGUUCCUGUUUUUCUGAUUUAUUUUUUUUUGUAUCCUUGCAUAUUAGUACUGACAUAGUUUCAUUUAAAAAUGCCAAUAAUUUAUAUAUAAAGUGUGCUAUAAUCUUGUAGGUGUAUCAUUGCAAGUGGAUGAGCCAAAAUGACUGAUUAAAAUGAUGUGAGAUCAUGGCUGCCAACAUGAGUGAGUCGAGGGGGAGAGGACACACCUAACCACCUGCAGAGUCAGACAGCCGAGCAACAUAUAAACACAAGUGAUGCACACGAGUGUCGUGUGGCUUGCUCUAAUUGGUCAUUAUUGUUAUCCUUUCUAUUCAGAUUUGCACUGAUUGAGACCUUUGGCCCUUUGCCAGAGAACAGAGCUUAUUGCUGCCACUGGCUUUGUAAAGAGGCUCCACUACAGAGGGGACCAGUUGUGUUUAAAGUGUAGGGCUGGUGUGAAUUGAUCAGCACUGUCAUGGCGGCAGACUUAGUCACGAUGUACCAUACGCAUGAUGGCUGCAAUCUCAUCUCAUACUCCUGAUUAAUUAAGGCGAUUUAAUUCCUGUUACUUAAUAAUGACCUCCCUCCACUUGUUCUAAAAUCCACAACUAAAAAGAUGUUUGUUGAAGCUUUAAACAAGGUUUACAAAAUAAGCAUUUGUUACUUGAUCAUUUGUUAAGAGGCAGUAUUCUCAAACACAACUUUCCAGAUCACACAUUCAUGCAUUUGAUUGUGUUAUAUUCUACAGGACUAUUGUUUUAAAUGAUGUGGGGUUUGUUUUCUAUCUUAGGUGACAAGAUCAGAGUGUGAAGUCUAAUGUAUGUCUGUGUGCGUGAGUGUGAAAAUAUAUAUAUAUAUAUAUAUAUAUAAAAAUAGAAUAGUAAAUGCAGAGCGUUACCUUGGUCUAUGGGGAGUGGGUUGGAAAGUAAUGAUGCUGUCGCACUGCAGUAAGGACCCCAGCGCUAAGUCCCGGCCUUAGCUUUAUAGGAUGCUCGGCUGGUGGUGCUCUGGCUUUGUCAGCCCAUACGCUUGCUUCAGGCCCUGCUGUGAAAUUAAAUUGAAUUGCAACACUAGCUGUCUUCUAGCUCUCACAUUCCACGUGUGAGUGCACUGAAGUUACCCGUUAUACUGUUGAAAAUCGGAUUUCAACACUCUGCAGAUGAUCUCCAUAAAGGGAAUUGGAAUAGUGGAAAUGUUUGCCUUGUUUACACAGAAACAAAUUGUAUUAUUGGAAUAUUACAAUAAAAAGAACCUGUGAUCCUGAUAAA